AUGUGCCAGGUCGCAUUGCUGGAUAUUGCAGGCAAGCCUGCGUGUUUUGCCUUUGCACCGCCUGAGAAGCAACUUGAGGAGCAGAUUCCAGCUGAUGCCACAGAUGAACCAAUGCCCAGCAAUCUGCCGGAGAUUCCAGAGCUGGACGACGAUGAAAUGGAAUUCAGAUUCCUGCGCGGCAAUGACUGUGAGGUGUCGGAGGUGUUGAGAUACCCUGCCCUGCCAUUGGAGCCACCGAUAAAUGUCACAUGCAGGUUGAAGAUGACUGAACCGCACUCCACCUUUGGCGUUUCCAUCAGUUUCCACGGCGUUCCCAGUUUGGGCUUUCACUCGGUGCCGGAGGAAUAUCAAUUGAUGCUCCAGGAAAUGGAGGGUCCCGAGGUUGUCAAGGAGCAGCUCCUUCCACCCCAGCGGCUGCCUUUAAGUCGAGUGGCUGAGGCCUUCCCUGGCGCCUUGCAGCGCCCAGAUUUCCUCUGCGCCGCCGGCCGGGCCAAAGCUCCUGCAGCGCGGGGCGGCGGACAACAUCCACGACGCCUGGGGGAAUUGGAGUUCGAAGACUUUGUGACCGAGGUCACCUAUGGCAAGUCCUAUCGUUUAGCAGUUCGGUGGAUCUCCAAGUUCAAGGUUUCUCCAUGGAGUGCCACAGCCGACAUUGAUGUGACGUUCCCUCCACCCAGCACCACCCAGGAGGCCUUGUUGGUCGGCCUGCUGCCGGAUGCCACGAUGUCUACGGAGCUGGCCGGGGAGGACUUUGUGGCACCGUCUUUGUGGCAUCGCUUUGAACUCACCUGGCAGCCCUUCAUCGCUUCGCUGUGGGGCAGCCGAAUGGAGUAUCGUUUGGAGCGGCGUAGCCUGCUCCAUGACCGGCGCCGAGCACCGCCAGGCAUUCUCCCGGACGCUGACUCCUUGGAGUUGGAGACUUCUCCAUGGGAACUCGUGGGGCAGGUUAUGGCUGGCAUUGAAGAUGCAACUGGUAAAGGGUGUUUCCAGCUUACCAACUCCUCCAAGCCAACACCAACGCCUGUGUCGGAGAAGGGGACAUCAGGAACUGCUGGCCGAAGUGAAGCACAUCAACAGGCACGCUGCGUUUUAGAUUUCGUCUACCAGUCUCACGCGGAUCGCUUCUCGGAGAGCUAUGGCAGGACGUCCAGGGCGGUGGCAACAUGGCCGGUCAUUGCCCUUUGGAAUGCGGCAACGGAGGCCAGUGUCCGAUGCAGCUGUGACAAGUCGCCAGGAGACGGCUUGGAGAAACGCUGCGCCGUAUGGUGUAUGUCAGUGCAGGUGGCCAGCGGUGGAGGGAGUGGCGAAGGGCGACACAACUUGGGUGCAGAAAAUGGGGAGUUGAUCCUGCAGUGA